AUGCCUACGUCAGUCUUUGUGCUCGGAAUGUGCUUCUUCGCCGGAGGCUUGCGUUACUCCGAGCAGGGUUUCGGCGUCAGCGCAACUCAGCUUAAUGCAUCUUUGAUGACUAUCAGCGUCAUUGCAGUCCUUCUGCCGGCGGCUUUUCAUUUUACGGCCGAUCCAACUUUAACAAAUGAACAAGAAGCGCAUGACAUCCUUGCGGUCAGUCAUGGCGUUGCAAUCAUUCUCCUGUUUAUAUACGCGGGAUACCUCGCAUUCCAGCUCUACUCACAUACCGCAUUAUACGAUGAUCACGGCAUCCACACCAAUAAGACUACCUCGUACGACAGCCCCAAGUUCUACGUUCCCAAGUUCCGUAGGCGCAACAAGGACACUGAAACCGCUCCUAUCACGACCACUGUAAACGGAAAAGCAAGUAGCACUACCCUUCCUCCUAUAAAUGCUCCCAUCCUGGAAGAGGGGAGACAGAAGGAAGAAAUAGAAGAGGUAGAGACACCGCAGAUGAGUGUCGCAAUGACAAUUGGAUUGCUCAUCGCCGUCACCGUGUUGGUUGCCAUUACUGCUGAAUGGCUCGUAGACUCUAUCGGCGGCUUGACAGACACGGGUCACAUCAGCAGGGAGUUCGUCGGAAUGAUCCUUCUGCCAAUCGUAGGCAAUGCAGCAGAACAUGCAACUGCGGUCACUGUAUCCGUAAAGGACAAGCUCAAUCUUAGUCUGGGAGUUGCAGUAGGAUCAAGUAUCCAAAUUGCUCUUUUCGUCAUUCCGUUCAUUGUAACAUUGGGGUGGAUAUUGGGCAAACCUUUGACUCUUCUAUUUGACCCAUAUGAAUCGAUAUCGUUGUUCUUGUCCGUCCUUAUCGUCAACUACGUUGUCCAAGAUGGGAAGUCAAAUUGGUUAGAGGGAUUCAUCCUCAUGUGCCUCUACGUCAUUCUUGGGGUUACAUUCUGGUUUUAUCCUGGAUCUGAUCCAUCUGGGGUUCUGGCCAGCUGUCGCUAG